AAAGAAAGAGUGAGAAACAGGAGAAAGCUAACUUCUAUAAUCGAGUUCGGUGAUAUUUUUGGUAUAUGAGAUGCUAUCACACGUAAAAUCAUACUCGAUUCGACGGAAUCCUUUUGAUCUUAAAGGGGUCUUCUAUAAUUUCGCACGUGAAAUGACAUCCGAACAUGAAAGGCGAGACCCUGGGAGAAGGCAAGAACUGGACCAAAAGGCAAGGCAGGGAGAGACCGUUGUCCCCGGUGGAACCGGCGGCAAAACCCUCAACGCUCAGGAGCACCUUGCUGAAGGACGCCACCGUGGAGGCGAGGCCAGGAAGGAGCAGCUGGGAAGUGAAGGGUACCGGGAGAUGGGCCACCGCGGAGGCUAGG